CUUGGAGAGAGACAUUCUGAAUGUGCGUAAAAAUUCACGAAUAUAGAUAGAUAGAUAGAUGAGCAUCUCUCAUCUCCACUGAGGAAAAGGAAGCUACACGCGAAACGCACGAAAGGAGACCGAGGUCAUCAAAUUAUUCUCACUCACCAGCGGAAUUAAACUGAAAGCUUCGUGACAAGAGCUUUUGGUAUUCAAGUCAGUCAGAAGAACUGCUAUAAUUGAGCACAUACAGACCAAACAGAACUUGAAUUAUGGAGCAUUCUCAAUCAGAGAUGAAUAUAUUAUCCAAUGGGAAAAGUCAUGACCUCGGAGAUGAUGGGGGUGUGCCAUUGAAAACAAUGCUAGAUGAGGAUCAAAAUGGCACUCAAUCAGUCAGAUAUGAAGACCCUGAUGAUGGACUGGAGAAUGAGGAAUUUUUGCCUAAUGCAGAUGGAAAGAAACCCAUACGUUUCACAGAUUUUGAAGGAAAGACUUCUUUUGGCAUGUCUGUCUUCAACCUGGGCAAUGCUAUUAUGGGCAGUGGAAUCCUGGGAUUGGCUUAUGCCAUGGCCAACACUGGGAUACUUCUUUUUUGGUUUCUUCUGACUGCAGUAGCAGCUCUGUCAUCUUACUCCAUUCAUCUGCUGCUCAAAUCCUCAGGCGUUGUGGGAAUUCGAGCUUAUGAACAGCUGGGGUACAGGGCCUUUGGCAAUCCUGGAAAAAUGGCUGCUGGUAUAGCAAUCACCCUGCAAAAUAUUGGAGCUAUGUCCAGCUACCUUUACAUUGUUAAGUCUGAGUUACCACUGGUUAUCCAAGCUUUCCUGAAGGCUGAGCCUACCUCCGAUCUGUGGUACUUGAAUGGAAACUACCUGGUCAUCAUGGUCUCUGCCAGUAUCAUCCUGCCUCUUGCUUUAAUGAAACAGCUUGGUUACCUUGGCUACACCAGUGGGUUUUCUCUCAGCUGCAUGGUGUUUUUUCUCACUGCAGUUAUCUUUAAGAAGUUUCAGAUUCCCUGUCCCUUUGAGGAGUUCUCAGUAAACAGUACUGCUUCCCACCACGGCCUAAACGAUUCAAGCCACAUCCAUGAGCACAACAACGGUGUGGUUCACGAGGAUGACGACUCCCACUGCACCCCACGCAUGUUCACCAUCAACUCACAGACAGCGUACACCAUCCCAAUCUUGGCUUUCGCAUUUGUUUGCCAUCCUGAGGUCCUGCCCAUCUACACCGAGCUACGCAAUCCAUCAAAGAAGAAGAUGCAGAAGGUGUCCAACAUCUCCAUCUUUGUCAUGUACAGCAUGUACUUUCUGGCAGCUCUCUUUGGCUACCUGACUUUUUAUGGCAAUGUGGAGGCUGAACUGCUGCACACAUACAGCCGGAUUGAUCCAUAUGACACUUUGAUCCUGUGUGUGCGAGUGGCUGUCCUCACUGCUGUAACACUAACUGUCCCCAUUGUGCUGUUCCCUGUGCGUAGAGCCAUCCAGCAGAUGUUAUUCCCCACCAAAUCUUUCAGCUGGUUACGUCACACUGCCAUUGCUCUCAUUCUUCUCACCUUAAUCAACAUGCUGGUGAUAUUUGCUCCAAACAUUCUGGGAAUCUUCGGCAUCAUCGGCGCCACAUCAGCUCCUUGCCUCAUUUUCAUCUUCCCUGCUGUCUUCUACAUCCGGAUUGUUCCCAAAGAAGAUGAACCCAUGAACUCUCCUUCUAAGAUACUGGCUGCCUGUUUUGCUGCUUUGGGUUUCUCCUUCAUGGUAAUGAGUCUGAGCUUCAUAUUAAUCGACUGGACAACGGGGGAAGGCCUCGCUGUUGGAGGACACUAGAUACUGCUUCAUUGUGUGUGGUCUUAGGAAAGGCUUGCCAACUGUAAAACGGUCAGUGUUUAGAGAAUACUGUCACCUAAGGGAAACACACUACAGGGCUGCUCAGAACAGCUCCCAGGUUUCUAAAUGUACACAAUACCGAGUAUAGCAUGUGAGUAGGAAGGAAUCAUUUAAAUUAACUUUUUGACUGUAACUUAACAUACAUCUGAACAAAAUCCAGGCAUAUCAACAUUUCAUUAUUUAAGUUAACAAAGAGUAAAAGAAUGAGUUUAUUUGAAGGAUUAGGAAUGAACUUUUUUGUUUUUGUUUGCUUCCCUGUGUUAGUGCGAUUGUCCAGAGAUGAUGGUGAAAUUGUCCUUUCCUGUUGCUUCCUCUUUAUUUACACACAAACAGCUGCAGCUGGUACUGUACAAAAAAAGAAAGUAUGAUUGUCUUUUAGCAAGACAGGAAAACAUUAUAAUUAUACAUUAUAAUAUACGGUAUAAAUGAGAUACAGCAAAAUAUCUUUAAACUUCGUUUUUAUGUAAUAUUAGUUAUUUUCCAUGAAACGCACAAUGGAAGACAGUCAGAUGAUCUCAUCUUGCACCACCAGCAAUCUGAACUGUUCAUCAUUAUGUAAUAUUAUAUAGUGAGGUGUUUUAACGCCUUAGAGCAUGGCUGACAGUUAGUUGUUAUGUGUCUACAAGCUUUUGCUCCAUAUGCAUAAUUCAGCAAACAUUCUUCAACACUUUCUUCACUUUCUUCUGGUGCCUUUAGCAAAAAACACACACACACACACACACACACACACACAGACAUACAGUAAAAACAAGAGGGUAUAUUUAUUUAGCUAACUAAAUAGUGUUUUUAAUUUCAAAUGGAAUAUAUUUAACUACAAUGACGUUAAUAACCACAUUACACAGGUGUUACAGACUGAUAAUAGUUUACUUGUUUGUUAAAAUGCAAAAAGUUUGAUUUAUAAUGGUUUUUAGUCCAUAUAUACCAAACUGUGACCUAGAGUAUUAACAGUUCAAGUUUACUGCAACAGUUCGUAGAAGUUAAUUUACCUCUAUCGUCCUUUAUUCCUUCUUUAAGGGUUUCAGAAAUAGAACUUUUACUCUAACACAUCGCAACAAUUCACUGAAGUUGUAUGUUGUUUGGAUUGGGUAAAAAUUAUAUAAAAACAAACAAACAAAAAUCAGAGAUGCCAUUCUUUUCAAGGUUGCUCAAUGCAAACAUUAUAAUUAUAUCUAGUUUCCAGUUUUUUUGCUAAACAGCAGGUAGCUAUACAUUUAGCUUUAUUGUAAGACAUAAGAGUGGCACUGAUCUCCCUGUUUAAUUUUCAGUAGCAUCAAAGAAAAUAUGCAUCUCUCCAAAAUGUCCAGCAUUUCCCUUACUAAUAACUAAUCACUUGUGGUUAAAAUUUAAAAAAUGUAUUUGUCCUGAUUCCAAACACAUCAAUAAAUGGUUAAAUUGCCAAGUGAACAGUUUGUUUUUACACAGGUUUGAAAAGCCCUUUUAUGGACAAAAGUAUGUGGACCUGUGAGCAACAUGCAUAUCUCAGUAUAUAAGCACACUAGAAGGGCACUCAGCAGAGCGCAUACCUUGCCCACCACAAAUUUUCUAUGUGCCGAUACUAUGCUGCAAUAGAUACGACCGAGUGUUGUCAUACUAAAUCAUAAAUCAUUUGAACAAAGUUUGUUAUAUGAUUGAACUUAAAGUCAUGUUGCGCCCUAAUUCUUUUAAGACUUAUCCUCAUAAGGUCAAAUGCAAAUAUGUGAAUAUUGUCCCUAUCUCACAUUGAUAAAGAAUCCUUUUACAAAAUCCUGGAUCCUGAUCAUGAUUCAAAUCACCACCAAAAUUUAAUAAAGUGUUCCUUGUACCACCUCUGACAACUCCAGAAAUUUUAAUCGAAAUCCAUUCAUAAUUUUCCGAGUUAUCCUGCCAACAGACAGACAGACAGACAGACAGACAGACAGACAAGCACAACCGAAAACAUAACCUCGCUCUGCCUAUUGGGUAAAAAAACAAAAAACAAACAAAAAAAAAAAAGAAACUUUUGUGGAUGGCUAAUUACUGCUAAAAAUAGGUAAACAUGAAGAAAAUGUGAUUUGUAGUUAUAAUUCAAUUUAAGUGAUCACAAUUUUUAAAAUAGACCUCUGUGGUUCUGAACAACAUCUAAGCAUGCCUUUUUUUCUUCUUCUUCUUUUUUAUUUUUAAGUUUGGCCUGCUGGUACUCUGACAGAUUAAAAUCUGUUAAUUUGAUGAUGUAAUGCUUUUGUGAUUCAGUCGCAUUAUCAUUGCUUCACUGGUUUAUAGUAUUUUGAUCAGUCUUGUUGACCUUUAACUUGAGUUUAAUGUUUUACAUGAUGUUAAACCUGUUCUGUAUUUGGUAUAGUGUUUACUAAUAACUGUACAUUUGGCAUAUUAUAGUGAAGUGUAUUGAAGUCCCAAUCAGUUCUGUCUUACAUGUUAUGAAGCUUUCUUAAAAAAUCUGACAGGAAAUAAUGUAUCAGACAUUACUGUCAUUAUACUCGGUCAAUGAAGACAGUUAAUUUUUUUUUUAAAUUUAUGUAUCUUGAGGAAUACUUAAAAAAUUUUUACUUGCUCAAAGUGAUAUUGAGACCUAUAAAAGCUAUGACAAACUACGUAUGAAUCCACUUUCAUGAACUGCGGGGGCUUUAAUAUUAUUUACUAUAAGAAUAUGAAACACCAGUUCACAGCUUUUAAACCAAUGCAAGAUUUUCUCAUGGACAAAAAUGAUAAAAUCUUAUCACAAAUACUUGCUGCUUGUACCCAAAGAUGCUUUUAUAUUGUAUUGCAGCUCUCGGGCUUUAGAAAAGUCAAGAGUAAAUUCUCACUUUUUUCAAUUUAUUUAUAUGCUACUCUAUGUUCCUUUUUUAGCAGUUCUGACUCGAGAUUAAAUUGUUUUUACAGACUAAUUAUAAGCAGAAGAAAUAUUCUGUAUUCUCUUCCGUCCUUGCUUUUCUACAUUUAUUUUGCUGUGCUUGUUGUGGGGUCCAUGAAGAGUUAGUCUUGUCAAGUUUAGUAACCAAAAUGUGUCUUCAUUUUAAGGGAUCUUGCCAAAAUAACAACUGACUACCUGCUGCUUUAAAAUGUUUUUGCUUUUAAACAGGUGUCACCACAUGAUAUCAAAUGUUAAUCUGUCACAUAUGUAAACAAAUCUGUCUGAUAUUUUAUUAGCGCUGUAGUUAAAGAAGUUGAUUAUAACAUGGCUAUAAGUAGAUACAAUGUCUAUGGACUUUGGUGACUAUAUAAAUAAUGUAUAUAAAUGUAUGCAUUUUAUAUUUGUGUUGCAUAUUUACAGUAGCUUGUAAAGUGUAAAUAGCUGGGACAAUUUUAGUUUGGCAAUAAAA